AUGACCGAACAAGCGCGACAAGGGUUGACAUGGAAUAGGUUCAAGGAGAUUGUGACCAACCAAUACUUUCCACGCUCUUACCGCAAUCAAAAGGAGGUCGAAUUCUUGGAUCUCAAACAAGGAGAGUUGUCUAUCACCGACUACGAAAGGAAGUUCAACCAACUUUCACGCUAUGCCACACGUCUAGUCAACACCAAUGACCAAAAGGCGGAUAGGUUCUUAAGGGGACUACGACCAGAAAUUCGAGGAAUAUUGGCGGCUCAAGGAAUCGAAGAUUAUGCUUUGGCUGUGAGACGAGCGCAAGAAGUUGAGGCGGGUUUGGAGAUGGAUAAGCUACCACGUAAGAAUAUGGUUAGGAAUGAAAAGAGGAAAUGGGAUGAUUCAAACGAUGGAGAACAAGAUAUGCAAAAUAAGAAAGAAAGAGUGGAAAAUAAAUCUAAUGAGGCACCGCAGCGAACCUACCCACAAUGCCCUGAGUGCAACAAGUACCACCUCGGAAAAUGCAUGAUUCGAAGCGGAGUUUGUUAUUUUUGUCACAAGCCGGGACAUAUAGCCCCAUAUUGUCCGGACAAAAGAGGGAGGGAGCCAGAAAGGCGAGGAAAUGCACGAUUAUACCAUAUGGGAGGGCCGGAUGAGGCAGAAAAACCUUAA